GCUGCAGGUGGCCGCCCGGGCGGGCGCCGGCCUCAGUCUGCGGUCAGCUGCCAGCAGCGUUGGGACUCGGGCCGGAGGCGCUGAGCGGUGGGAGUCGCUGUCUUGCCUGCCAUGGGGCUGGAGGCCGAGCCCCUCGCCGCCCCCCACCCUUACUGGCCCCGGGACCUGGAGAUCCGGCGCUACAUCCCCAACGACCGCCCCACCUGGCACAGCCUGGCUUUCCUCUUCUCUGUCUCGGCGGCCCUGCUGAUGCUCACCUGGCUGGCCGCCGGCUGGCGGGGGUGGACGGGGGCGCCCAUGAGGCCCGGGCGUCGCCUGGCCCUCUGUUGGUUCGCCAUCUGCGGCUUCAUCCAUGGCGUGAUUGAGGGCUGGUUCAGCCUCUACCACACAGAUAUACCAGGGGACCAGUCCUUCCUCUCCCAGCUGUGGAAGGAGUACGCCAAAGGAGACAGCCGAUAUGUCAUGUGAGUUUUAGCCUUUGUGUGUCCCAUUCCCCCCCUUCCCCUUUUCUGAUUCCUACCCACCCACCCACCACAAUCCACUGGCAUCUGCCCAAAAUCCACCUGGAAAUUUUGGAAUGGAUCGGAUGCAGCCUUCAAAAAACCCAUCAGGUUUCACACGUGCCUGCUAGCUCAGCGCAAGCAAACAAUAUGUGGUUUAAUAUCACUACAUGCAAAUGCAUCCCUCCAGGAACAAAGC